AUGACUGCGGAGUCUGCGGUAGACAUUGAGCCAGGGCUUCAACCCGUCAACACGGCGCAGACGGUACAGAUUGGAUAUGACAAUGACCUGGCUGCAAUCCCAACCACCCAGCGUGGGUUGAAAUCUCGACAUGCUCAGAUGAUAGCUCUUGGUGGCACCAUCGGUACAGGAUUGUUUGUUGGGUCAGGCCAAGCACUCCUGAUCGGAGGCCCGUUGUUUUUCGUUCUCGGCUACUGCAUUAUCACCAUUUUGGUAUACGGGAUUGUCACCGCAACAACGGAAAUGAGCUCCUACCUUCCAGUCGUGGGAUCUUCAAUGGCAUACUACGGCAACCGAUUCUACUCUCGCAGCAUUGGGGUCGCACUUGGCUGGCUCUACUUCUAUGUGUUCGCAAUCUCGGUACCCGCAGAGAUUACCGCAGCCAGUAUCGUGGUGGAGUAUUGGCACCCUGAUGUACACAUUGCGGUCUGGAUUACCAUCUUCAUGGUUGUUAUCAUCGGACUGAAUUGUUUUCCUGUGAAAUACUACGGGGAAACGGAGUUCUGGUUCGCCUCCCUGAAAGUCUUUGGUAUUAUAGGCCUCCUGAUCAUGGCCGUUGUGCUGAUCUUCGGUGGUGGUCCGAAUCAUCAAAGACUCGGCUUCCACUAUUGGAAGGACCCGGGUCUUGUCAACGAGUACCUGGUGACUGGAUCUACGGGUCGGCUCUGUGCUUUCGUGGGAACAACAACAUUCUCAGUUUUUGCUUUUGCUUUUGCUCCAGAGCUGCUCGUUGUGACAGGCGGUGAGAUGCAAUCUCCACGGAGGAAUCUGCCGCGAGCCGGAAAGCGUUACUUCUGGCGUCUCAUCACAUUUUACGUUUUGGGCUCUUUGGCCAUCAGCAUGAUCAUCUCCAGUGACGACGACCGGCUCCUCAGCGGUGGCAAGGGCGCAGGUGCCUCUCCUUGGGCCAUCGCAGCGAAGAACGCCGGCAUCAACGGGCUUGAUUCCGUCAUUAACGCAGUUAUCCUGACCUCGGCGUGGUCGGCUGGAAACUCCUACCUCUUUCUCGCCAGCCGUGCUCUCUUCUCGAUGGCACAGAGUGGCAAUGCACCAAAAGUCUUCCUCAAAUGCACGUCAUCCGGCAUUCCUUACGUUGCAACGGCGACUUGCGCUGUCUUCUGUCUUCUCGCAUACAUGAAUGUUUCUUCUUCCAGCUCCACAGUCUUCAACUGGUUUGUCAAUCUCAUCAACAUGGGUGCCUACAACAGCUGGAUUAUGAUCUGCAUCGUCUAUCUGCGCUUCCGCAAGGUCACCGCUGCUCAGAAGAUCACCGACCUUCCCUACCGAUCCCGCCUACAACCGAUCAUGUCCUAUGUCAGUGGCAGCGUCCUUACACUAUUGCUCAUCUUGGGUGGAUUCAAAAAUUUUGUCAAUGGGAAUUGGAACACGUCAAACUUCAUCACCAGCUACGUUGGAAUUCCAAUCUUCUUGGCUUUCUGGCUCGGCCACAAAUUUCUUCGUGCCAGGAAUGAGCCCUGGGCGAUCCCGUUAGAGGAAGUCGAUAUGCAUUCCGGACUGGACGAAGUCAUUGCUCGAGAAGGGCCGCCUCGAGGGCGAGAGACCUGGCUUGAUAAAUUCAAGGCCCUGUGGGAAUAA